AGCAGAACGCGUGAAUUAUAUUUUAUUGCCAUACCGGUUGGAUAUUAUCCCAAAAUGGUGCUCGAUUUGGAAUUGUUCCGAUCCGACAAGGGAGGAGACCCUGCAAAGAUCAAGGAGAAUCAAGCCAAACGCUACAAAGACGUUACGUUAGUGGACAGAGUCGUGGAAGCUGACACAGCAUGGCGAAAGUUGAGGUACCAAGCUGACAAUUUCAACAAAUUAAAGAAUGACUGUAGCAAGAUGAUUGGUGAAAAAAUGAAAAAAAAAGAACCUGUUGGAGAUGCUGAUGAAGCAGUACCAGAAGAUGUUGUUGCCAAAAUGGAAGCACUUACUGAAGAUCUUUUAAAGAAUUUAACCGUGAAUCAAAUCAAGAAAAUCCGAGUUUUAAUUGACGAAUGCAUAGCGAAAUGUAACAGUGAAAGGCUGGAAUUUGAGAAAGUUCGUAAUGAAAACUUGAAAGAAAUCGGAAACAUGCUUCAUGAGUCUGUGCCUAUUAGCAAUGAUGAAGAUGAAAAUGAAAUUGUACGCACAUUUGGCGAGUUGGAUGUUCGUAAAAAAUAUUCUCAUGUUGACUUGAUACACAUGAUAGAUGGUAUGGAAGGAGAAAGAGGUGCUGUGGUAUCUGGCAGUCGAGGAUACUUUCUCAAGGGGGCUGUUAUAUUCUUAGAACAAGCAUUGAUUCAGCACGGGUUGCGAAUACUGGCCGAGAAAGAUUUCAUUCCACUGUACACACCGUUUUUCAUGAAAAAAGAAGUUAUGCAGGAAGUGGCACAGCUGAGUCAGUUUGAUGACGAACUUUACAAGGUCAUCGGUAAGGGUAGCGAGAAAUCUGAAGACUCUGGCUAUGAAGAAAAAUAUUUAAUAGCAACCUCUGAACAGCCAAUAGCGGCAUAUCAUCGAGACGAGUGGAUACCCACUGCAGACCUACCUAUAAAGUAUGCUGGGUAUUCUACCUGCUUCAGACAAGAAGUUGGAUCACAUGGUAGGGACACAAGAGGAAUUUUUAGAGUGCACCAAUUUGAAAAGGUGGAACAGUUUUGUCUGACUUCUCCUCAUGAAAAUAAGUCAUGGGAAAUGUUUGAUGAGAUGAUUGGCAAUGCUGAAAAUUUUUACAAGUCACUUGGUAUCCCGUAUAGAAUAGUCAACAUAGUGUCGGGUGAACUAAAUAAUGCAGCUGCAAAGAAGCUGGACCUGGAAGCCUGGUUUCCUGGUUCCGGUGCUUUCAGAGAGCUUGUCUCCUGUUCUAAUUGUUUAGACUAUCAAGCCAGAAGGUUGCUUGUCAGAUAUAGUCAAACUAAAAAAAUGGGAGGACAGGCUGAGUUUGUUCACAUGUUGAAUGCUACCAUGUGCGCUACCACGCGUGUUAUCUGUGUGAUUUUAGAAAACUAUCAAACGGAAGAAGGUAUAAUCAUCCCGGAUGUUCUUAAGCAAUAUAUGCCACCAAAUUUACAAGAUAUAAUAAAGUUUGUGAAACCAGCUCCGAUUGAUGAACAAGAAGCUAAGAAACAGAAGAAAAAGGAAGGAAAGAAGAAGAAAGCUAAGACUGAGGAUGCCAGCGGUCCAGUUGAGAGCACCGCUGAGAAAGUGGACAAACUAAAAUUGGAUAAGUGAGGGGAAAAUACCUAAGACAAUCAAUGAAACAGAAAUAUCAAUGCAGUUCUUACCAUUCAACAUUUUCUAUUGCCUUUUGCUUCUGUGGCAAUCGUAUUAUUCAUCAGAACAAGAUUCUCCCUUGGCAGUCAAAUAAAUACAAAUAACUACAAUCACUCGUCAGGUCAUAUGACAUUGAAACGUAUAUCUAAUCUUUCCUAAGUCAUGUGCAUGUUUUUUCCAUUAUACAGCAUAAUCAAUUUACUUCUGCUAAAGAACCUUUUUUUUUUACGAAAAAAACCAUACUCAGAUCCUUUGAUUUCCUCAAUGGACCAUUAUCAUUAUAUCACAGUAUCAUGUACAAUAUGUGAGAGUUCAAAAGAAGCGGCUUCUUUUAUAACAUUUGAAAAGCAGGAGGGUCGUCAAUUGCCCACAUGUGGGAAUUGAGUCUAAAGCGAUGAUAGCACAUGCUAAGAACGCAAAGGUUCAUGUGUAGACGCUUGUUUGUAAACAAUGACGCGCUAUGCUUCAAAAUUAAAACAUGAAAUUAUACGUGCGACUCUCUAAGAAUUAAGGAAUUCUUUCAGCAGGCAAUGAGUUAAAGAGAAAUUAAAUGUGUACAUUGCAUUUCAAUACUAAAGUAGUUUUCAAUAUAAACAGAUCAUUGCAGCAUUGACUGUACCUCAUAGAUGUUGGGGUUGAACAGCGCCCUCAGUGUCAAAUAGCUAUAAUUCUUUUGUUCAUCUAAUACUCUCGAUAUGGUUGUUUUCUCAAUUAAUAUGUGUACUCCAGUGAGUUUCUAAAUGGCAGCAUUUUACAAUAACCAUGAAUGUACUUGAAAAUGUCUGAUAUUUAAUGCGUUACCAAAUGAACAAUGUUAAUGUUUGUUAUAGAUGCACAAUUUUGCAUUACUUGGCAAUAUGUCAUCUUGCGCAAUCUUACUUCACUGAAGCCUCUCACAUAGAGUGAACUUUAAUGAAAGCACUCACUUGGGGUGCCCUUACUUCACUGAAACCUUUCACUUGGGGUGUCCUUACUUCACUGAAACCACCUAGGUUGAUCACAAUUCACUGAAACCACUCACAUUGAGUGAUCUUAAUUCACUGAAACCACUCACUUGGGAUGAUUGUAUUUCACCACAACCACUCACUUGAGGUGUCCUUAUUUCACUAAAAUCACUUCACUGAAACCACUCCCUUAGUGUGAUCUUACUUGCUGUAACUCAUCACUUGGGGUGUCCUUACUCUGCUGUAACCACUCACACAAGGUAUCUAACUUUGCUGAAAUUACUGGUGGCCAUGUUUCUUACAGAAAAACUAAAUUUGACUUGGAUAAAAAGUAUUGUGAAUCUGUCUUUUAUUUUCCAGCUCUGAGCAUUGUGUCCGAUCACACAAAUAUAUUACUAGUAUCAAGAAUAUAAAUUUCUUAUACAUGUGCAAUGUCAGAAUUGCGACAAUUAAACCAGUGAAUGAACUUUAAGCCUGUACAGUUUUGUGUAAAAUGAUCCUGUAUUGAAUUAAACCGCUGGCAUAAAUAAAUCUAAAAUACACA